AUGGUGGAAGAAAGAGAGAGGGGGGAGAAGAGGAGCAGAGAGUCAAAUAGCAGAGAAAGAGGAAGGAGAAAAAAGAGAUACCAGGGGUCACUUGGCAUCAACGAUGGGCAGUGGCAUGGUGUGACACAGACAGUGGAGACAAAGAGACGGAGGAAAAGAGACGUUGGGGAUAAUGU